GUUUGGGAGACCCCUGUUGCAUCAAAUUUUGCCCAUUACCUGAAGACAAUUAACACUUAGCAUAGAAACAGAUGCCCACAUAUACUAACCAGUUGAAGGAAGGAAGAAAGUAAGACACAGAGCCAGUGCGUGAGAACAAGCAAGGUUCCAAGUUUAUUGUUCCAAUUCACAUGAGAUCCACACAGUUGAGACGUCCUGAGGGUGAUCUGAAAUCCCAGAGCUGAGGCUCUCCUAUUUAUAACGUGUUUUAUGUCCCACCCUCAGUUCUCUGUCUCCAAACACCAAUAUGUUCCGAAUUAACUGAUAUCAAAACUCCUUUAUUUUCGCUAACUGGAGUUUUCCUGCUACAUUUAUACCUGCAACACGAUGUAAACCAGCAACGCUUAUCUCGUGGGAUUUGGACAGUUUGAAGCUCCCUAUCUUCCGAGUUCAGCUCGGUUCCAUGCCCAUUAGGUACGGUCUGUCUGUUUUCUCUUUUUUUAAAACUGACUACCACGUGUCAUGUCAUUCCUGACUGGGUUUUCACUGCGAGAGGAUCUCCGCCAAUUUGUACACUCCAUCCCUACAUUAUGGGUGAACGUCAGUUCUUCUUAUCUCCUUUACUGGAGGGACUGGAUUUGGAUCUGAACACCUGCUAUCAGCUUGCGCAUCUCACUGCCGACAUCACUAUGCUGCUCGAAGUUCUUCACACCCCCUCUGAGAAUGUGGGGUUCCCCCCACUGCUCGGAUACAGAAUUCGUCCAGCGAAUGUGUGUGUGAACGCUUCUACUCAGACCGACUCUCUGCCCGCUGUUCCGGCUGUCCAGUCCUCCAACUAUCAAACUGAUGAAGACAUGGCCUUCUCCGACCUGGGCUCUGACGUUUCUCCUAAUUUUUCACCUGUCAGCCCUGAGUAUACUCCUCCAUACACAUCAGCUGGCUAUCACUCGUCCCCAGGACAUACCCCGUUUUACCAGCCGUUUUCUCCCUAUCGCUCAUCAUUACCUGACUACAGUCCCACAAGUCCAAUGAAUUCUCAAUAAAAUUACAUGCUACUCACA